AUGGCAGACUUUGUUGCACCAUAAAUUUUGAAAAAUAAGUACAAAUUAGUAGGUUUAAUUGGAGGAGGAACUUUUGGAUAAGUGAUGCUCUAUGAACUCAAUUAGGAGUACUAUGCUGUUAAAUUUUUCAUUAGAGAAAGAUCAUCUCAAGACUACACAUACGAGAAAGUAAUGAUGAAGAAGCUAUUGAAAAUUAAAAAACGGAAUAAUCCCUAAGAUUAAUCUUGUUAGAUACCGGAGUUAAUUGACGAUGGAAUGAUUGAAAGUAAUUAUAGAAACAAAGGAACCGUCCAAUUUUUGAUAAUGCAGUAUAUUGAGUAUUCCACUUAUGAGUACUUAUCAAGCUAUCCAGACAAAGAAAAAGAUUUGUUUGUAGAAAUGGUGAUUUAGCUGAGAGAAUUUCAUAAGCUAGGCUAUAUUCACAAGGACAUUAAGCCAGAUAAUUUUAGAGUAAACAGAGAGGGUAAAGUUUUCUUUAUUGAUUUUGGAACAACAAAUAAAUUCAACCCAAAUUUGACAGCAACAAAAGAAGGAAGAAUCAAUAUUGAAUCUUCAUUUACAGCUUCAAAAUUUGUAAAUGCUGGUGCAUAUGCAAUGUAAAUUGAUGAGUUGAUAUCUGUACUAUAUUCCAUGAUAUUAAUCAAGGAGCCUAGUGGCAUUGAAUGGGAAAAUAAUGGAUUCUAUGUGCAAUUAGAUUAGGAGUAAAAAACUGCAAUUAUUGAUGCAAAGAAUAACUUUGAUUUAAGUCGAUUUAGAUAAAAAAUUUGCUAGAAAGCAGGAUAAUUAAUCAAAAAGCUUGAAAAUAUUAGAGAAAAUGACAUUGAUAUUUAACAUUCUAUUAACCCUGAUUAUGAUCAAGUUAUAAAUGAAAUAAAGUAAGUUUAUUCUAAAAUUCCUAUUGAAAAUCGUUAAUAAUAUCAGCAAAGAUAGCAAUUACCUGAGUUCCAAAAUCUUGAAUUAUAGGAAAUUAACAGAGGUAGAGAGAGGGAUGGGUUUUUUGCUGCUUUAGGUAGAUUUUUUAGAAUUAUAUUAGGAAUGUGA